CUGCUGGGUACUUGAUAGCAGAGAAGAGCCCGAGAAAAACAGUCACAGAGGAAGAAAUCUUACCAGUUUUGAAUAAUUAUAUGGAUAGAUAGGGUUACAAGUUGUUGAAUUGCUUCUAAAUGGAGCUAAAUAGAGGUCGAAAUUCGUGAACUAAAUUUGCAUCAAUCUCUUAUGGAACUAGCACUUUGUUCUCCAUUGUUCCCUUCAAAUGCAACAAGAGGUGUCAAUAAGAUUAAGCCUUAUAGCUCCAUGCUCAUUGCCUCACAAAAGUUGUCCGCCCAGAAAUCGUUUCCAUGUCUCGCAGCUGUUGCUACCCAAGCAGCCCAGACGGUGGAGCUUGAGGUAGAGAGCAAGAAACAUGAGCUGUUGAGAGCUAUACAAGACACCGAAAGGGGCCUUGUUACAACCGAUGAUCAACGCUCAUUUAUAGAGGAGGCUCUGGUGAGUGUGGAGGGCUAUAACAUGGGUGCACCAAUAGACUUGGUGAAAUUGGAUGGGACGUGGCGUUUGCAAUAUACUUCCGCUUCUGACGUUCUCAUUCUUCUGGAAGCGGCUGAAAGGCUACCAUUUUUUCAGGUUGGGCAAAUUUUUCAGAAAUUUGAAUGCAAAGACCAGACCAACGGGGGAGUGAUCCGUAAUGUUGUCAGAUGGAGCAUUCCACCUUUGUUAGAGGAACAAGAAGGUGCGACUCUGCUAGUUUCUGCAAAAUUUUCGGUUGUUUCUGUGCGUAACAUCUACCUUCAGUUCAAAGAGAUUAAUGUUCAAGAUAUUAAAAUCAGUGAAGAGCUGCAGGCUCUAAUAGCUCCAGCAAUAUUGCCACGAUCGUUUUUAAGUUUACAGAUCUUGCAGUACCUCCGGACUUUCAAAGCGCAAAUUCCCGUUAGAGAUCCAGGAAGUAGGCAAUCGGUCGGAGGACUAUAUUACCUUUCUUACUUGGACGCUAAUAUGCUUUUGGGGCGCGCGGUUGGUGGCGGAGGAGUUUUUGUUUUCACGAAAGCUCAACCUCUGAAGUAAUGGGGAAAGCUAGUAAAACCAAUUACCGGCGCCUAUUUUUUUGGUGUGAAGAAAAGCUUCGAAGGUGGUAUGUGGCUGAUGAGAUUACGGUUUAGCUCAACAAAUAUCAUAAGACUAUUGUCUAUUUCUUCCAUGAGCAGUAAUGUUUACCAGGUACAUUCUUGUGAACCUUGCUCCCUCUCCCUUGUGGAAAACUGAAGAAUACAGAGGCCUUUCGUCCUGUUUUCGGUUUCAUUGUCCCGGCAUGAUUGAUUCAUACGUUUGGGUUAGUUGGAACAAUGAAAUUUGUCGAUCCAUUAGCAAACCAUCCUCACAAAGCAAAGCACUUCUACUUAGUUUCCCAAAAAAAAAAAAAAAAAAAAUAGCACUUCUACUUUUCUUCACUCACUCACCAAUGGAUCGGCUUCCGCCAUCUUUCUCUUUCGGAGGUUACGGGGACAGACCAGGACGAUCGAUACGUUGGCGAGAGAAAAUUCGCGGCCGAGGGUCACCAAGUGUCCGGAGGUUACGGGGACAAAGACUAGGAAAAUCAAUACGGGCGGCGAGAGAAAAUCCGCAACCGCAGAUCACCACGAGAAGCUGGGACAUGCGGCACCGAGGACGAGCGAGCUGAUGUCAAGGGCAAAGAAUCAAAGAUUGUGAAUACCAUAUACAAGUCUAAUUCAAUCCUUGGUUUCUUUUUUA